UCAAGGGACAGGCUGUGUCUUGCGCAUGUGCUGCAAGCGAAGCCCACGCGCGUGCGCAAUCUCUGCGCGCGGGGAAGGCACAUCAAAAGAGCCGGGGGUCUAGUGUGUGAUUGUGAAAAAGUAAACCGUAAACAACGUAAAGUAUUGCAACUGAUCGUUGUAAAUCCGCAGAUUCCCUUCUAACAGGAACCGCAUAAAGCCUCAUCCGACGCAUCUGCAAGAGAUCGCUACUUUUAGCUUUGUUUGCUGGUCCGACUUGAAGCCCCCCGCACAAGUCCGGCGUCGUGUCUCCUCUGCGCCGCUCGGCUAGAUGUAGCUGCAGGAGCGCUGCUCGACAGUGAUCUAGGUUUGGUGUGCAUGUGAUCCGCUGUAGUCGAGUUAACCCCCGUACUUUUUCAGUUCCUCCGACGCACAGGACGUAAACAUGGCGGAGUCCGAGGAAGCGAAGCGCUCAGAGAGUGUCCUGGGGGCGGAGCUGCAGUCUGGGGAGUCGUCCAGCAGACGAACACGAGAAGGAGUGGAGGAGAGGAUCCGGGGGCUGCAGUUCAGUAGUGAUGAGGAGGGAGGAGGAAGAGGGGGCCCGGUCCUGCGGGACUCUGAGGGAGGGGCACCCAGCCCCACCCCUCCUCUGCAGACCCAGGGGGGGGCGGACGAUGAGCUGGACGGGGCUCCGGUGAUCAGGGCUGACGACGAGGAGGAGGAGGAGGAGGAAGACGACUGGGACAUGGACACGGGCGAGACUCCGGAUUGCGCUGUCGACAUGGAAACGGACAGACGCUUGGACACGGACAGACGCGUGGACACGGACAGACGCUUGGACACGGACAGACGCGUGGACACGGACAGACGCGUGGACACUGACAGACGGACGGAGCCGCAGAGCGACAGACGAACGGAGCCGCAGAGCGACAGACUGGCGGACACUGACAGACGGACGGAGCCGCAGAGCGACAGACGGACGGAGCCGCAGAGCGACAGACGGACGGAGCCGCAGAGCGACAGACUGGCGGGCGAGCGCUCGAGGCCUCAGAACGAGGGGUCGGACACGGGGGCCCCCGCCAAAACCCCGGCCCCCGGCCUGGGAACAGCGUUCAUCUCCGCCGAUGCCCGGCGCCCCCCUGUGGCCGAUGUGGAAAUGAGCGCUGUGGAGGAGUCUGUGGGGGACCGGAGGGUACAGGAUACCCCCCUCCCGCGUGCGACCGACCCCAGCCUGGCGGGUGUGUGUUCUCGUGCAGGUGGAGCUGUUCUGUCGCAGUGUGGAUCGCGGGGGAGCAGGCGCCAGGGAGAGGACACACCUGUGAGUAUCUCCCCUCCACAGCCAGGUGUGCUCAGGAUCAGGGAGAUGGAGAGCGGUUCUGUGGAGGGCGGCUGCUUCUUCCCUCCUGUGGACAUCAAAGACGAGCCAAUCGAUGAAGAGUACGACCGCGCCCUCGUACCCCAGCCUCCGCCCAGGCGCAUCAAGGACGAGCCCGACGCUUCAGAGGAUUUGGUCCAGCAGCAGAAAACCUCGGAGGAACUGAGGAUCAGCUCGGUGUUCUCUGUGGGAGACAACUCCUCCCCCCCCACAGUUCCAGCGGCACCCCCUCUGCCCUCGCUCUCUGGGGCGGGACGGGCGUCGGCAGCACCCCCCAGAGUCCUGCGGAUGGACACGCCUCCCCUGCCCGCGCCCCCCCACAGUGCCACGCCCCCCAGCGCGGUCAGAGUGUCCUGCUCCGGCUGCACUAAAGUCCUCCAGAAGGGACAGACGGCGUUCCAGCGCAAAGGCUCCUCGCAGCUCUUCUGCUCCACCGUGUGCCUGACCGGCUGCAACCUGCCCCCCGCCCCCAAAGCGCCCAGCACCAGGAAGACCUGCCACUCCUGCCUCAAGGAGAUCGUGAACCCGAAGGACGUGAUCAUCGCCCCCGUGGACGGGAACGGCACGGUGAAGAACUUCUGCAGCCAGGCCUGCCUCUCCUCCUUCGACGUGAAGCGCAACAGCAGCAGGGCCACGCAGCCCCCCGCCGACACCGCCAUCAAGUGCAGCGUCUGCAAGAAGACUGCUGUGAUUAACCACGAGGUGAACUUCCAGGGCGCGGUGCACAAGCUGUGCAGCGACGCCUGCUUCACGCGUUUCCGCUCCUCCAACAACCUGACCAUGAACUGCUGUGAGACCUGCGCCACCUACUGCUACAGCGGCGUGGGGCACUGCCAGCUGCUGCAGAUAGAGGGCGCCGUCCGGAAGUUCUGCAGCCCGCCCUGCCUCGCUGCCUACAAGCAGAAGAGCAGCAGGGUGGUCCCGUGUGCGGGCUGUCAGAGUCCUCGCUCGGUGGUGGACAUGGUGGAGGGGGCCGGUCCUGAGAGCAAAAUCCAGCUGUACUGCUCUGGAGCCUGCGCUGCUAAUGCUAACGGAGCCCCACACUCCAGCAUUGCAGGUGCCUCGUUCCCCUGCACCAGCUGCAGGGUGGUGGCGGUUCCGCAGUUCCACCUGGCCCUGAACGACGGCUCCAUCCGCAACUUCUGCUCCUACAACUGCGUCCUCACCUUCCAGGCGGGCUUAAAUAAAGUGCCCCCUCAGGGCCAGGUGAACGGAAGCUCUGCUGCCCCGGAGCCCCUCUCCGCCCCCCCCUCUGGUGUGCCCCUGCCCCCCCAGACUUCUGCAACCCUGCCCCCGCUCUCUGCUCCGCGGCACGGACAGGCCCCACCCCUCGGACCUGGCCCCGUACAGGCCCCUCCCUCGCCGUCGCCUCGCGGUCACGGCCCUGCCCUUCCCGCCAUUUUGCCGCGUGGCCCCGCCCCUGCUCAGGCCCCGCCUUCCUUGGUGGGAGGCCCCGCCCCUCCCUCCCACGGCCUGGUGAAGCUGAGCUGCAGACAGUGUCGCCGACUCUUCUCCUCCAAACCAGAGCUGCUGCAGUUCAAGGGCCAGAUGGUGCUGUUCUGUGGGAAGCUCUGCACGGAGGAGUACAGGAAGCUGAACUUCGUGACUGCGAGGUGCGAGUACUGCAAGCUCGACAAGAUGCUCCGGGACGUGGUCAAGUUCAACCAUGUGGACCGCCCCUUCUGCAGCGAGGGCUGUAAGUUGCUCUUUAAGCACGACCUGGCCAAGCGGACGGGGAACCCGUGUCGGACCUGUGCCUACUGCACCAACACGGCCCAGAAGAUGAUCCAGAACCACUUCGGCGGGAAGCUGGAGGAGUUCUGCAAGGAGGAGUGCAUGGCUCUGUACACAGUGCUGUUCUACCAGAUGGCCAAGUGUGACUGGUGUCUGCGGCAGGGGAAGCUGCUGGAGUCUCAGAAGUGGCUGGGAGAGAUGAAGCACUUCUGCGACCUGUCCUGCCUGCUGCUCUUCAAUCACCAACAGAGCAGCACUUGCGAUCGGCAGCACAACCAGAGCAGCCAGAGCAGCCCCUACGAGCAGCCACAAGCCCAGACCAGCCCCUUCGAGCCGCCGCAAGCCCAGACCAGCCCCUACGAACAGCCAUACCCUCCGAGCAGCACCUACGAGCAGCAACACCCCCCGAGCAGCACCUACGAGCAGCAACACCCCCUGAGCAGCACCUACGAGCAGCAACACCCACAGCUCUCUGGCGCCAUCGCCCUUCCCCCACACAUUCCCACAGGUGCCGUCCCAGCCUGUAUUGCCCCCCUGCCCCCCCCUGCCGGGGCACCUGCCGUGUCCCACCUCCCUGUCUACGCCUCCAAGGAAGCCACGCCCGUCAUCGCUAACGUGGUGUCGCUCGCGAGCGCCCCCACGGGACAGCCCUAUGUCACUGCAAACACUGCCCUGCCAGGGGCUGUUCCCACAGCACUCAUCCAGGCCAGGAUCAAUGGAGACGCGAGCACGCAGACAGAUGCAAUGAAGCUCCCGGCCCCGCCCCGCAGGGUGCUGAAGAACAAGGCUCUGCUCUGCAGGCCCAUCAGCCAGAACAAGGGAACCAUGUGCAAACCACACCAGAAGAGUGUGGAGUCUCAGACAGAUGAAGUGCACGGGCAGAAGAUCCUGGUGUUGCCGGUUCCUGUACCUGUCUUCAUUCCUGUGCCGAUGCACCUGUACUCCCAGUACACCCCCCUCCCUGUGGGAUUGCCUGUACCGCUGCCUGUGCCGCUGUUUGUACCUUCCUCACUGGACCGGACUGAGAGCAGUGCACACCCAGCUCCGAACAGCCCCCCCGACCACCAUAUGGCGGAGGAAGAGGAGGGGGAGAGGGACAAACCCAUCUCUUAUGGAGACCAGGGCAGCACGUACAGUGGGGAUUUGGAGUCGGAGGGCUUGUCCACGCCCCGCAGCUGGGAGGAGGAGCCAGCCCCCGGCACGCAGCGAUUGGGCCCCUCCGACCAGCAGGACUCUCCCGCCCCCUCUGCCACGCUCCCGUUACUGGACCUGGAGGCCGACUUCCCACUCGAGUCCUUGGAGCCAGAGUCCGGUAAAGGCCUGAGUGUGACCCUGCGACACAGAGACAGCCGGAGACCCCGAGACAGCUUCCCCCCCAGGAAACGGGGCCGUAAGCGGGCUGCAGCGGUGGUUGCUAGCGGUGUUGCGCGUGCGGCAAUGCCCCCUGCUGGCCGAUCCAAGCUGCUGCACAUGUACGGCGUCAACGCAUGGAAGAGCUGGGUACAGUCUGUGCGGGAAAACAGAGACAAAGAGAGCAGUGCGGGGCUGGAGGAGGAUGUGUUAAGGUGCAGCUCAGCUGAACUCAGUGUGGGGUUGUGCCGCUUCAUAGAGGAGGUGCGGAGGCCCAACGGUGAACGCUACACCCCCGACAGCAUCUUCUACCUGUGCCUGGGCAUACAGCAGUACCUGUUUGAGAACGGCAGGAUAGAGAACCUGUUCACUGACCCGCUGUACAGCGAAUUCAGCCUGCAGAUCACCAGCAUGCUGAGGGACUGGAAACCUGCUGCGGUCACUAACGGCUCCCUGCUUUCUCGGGUGGAGGAGGAGUUCCUGUGGGAGUGUAAGCAGCUGGGCGCGUACUCCCCCAUAGUGCUGCUCAACACGCUGCUCUUCUUCUGCACCAAGCUGCUGCACCUGCAGACCCUUCCGGAACACCGUCACCUGGCCUUCGCCUCCCUGCGCCGCGUCACCCGCCAGGACAGCCACGCCUCUUACCUGCGCUACACCCCCCCUCCCAAACCCCGCCCUGCCUCAGAAGCAGAGAUGACACCAUUGCCAGUGAAGAGGAGGCUGAAGGAGGCGGAGGGGGAUGAAGAGGAGGAUGUGAUGGAGAUGCCAGAGAACACAGAGAACCCCCUGAGAUGCCCUGUGAGACUGUAUGAGUUCUACCUCUCCAAGUGGUUUCCUGAAGUAACAAAGGAUGAAGGAAAGGAAGAUGAUCGGUCCUCCGCCCAGGUGGAUGCCGAUCUGGAAGACAGUGAUCAGGAAGAGGACGUGGACGAGGCUGACUUAGACUCCAGUGGGUCUGAGUACAUCCCGUCUGGGGAUGAAUCGAGCGGUGACAGUUUCGGGUUUGAGGAGGUCGCGGUGAAAGCGGGCGCCUCGCUGGCGGCGGGCCCGAGCCCGAGCCCGGGCGACUCCGAGGUCCCCGCGCAGGACCCCCGGCCCAAGGGCCUGACGGUGAAGCGGUCCAACAAGGUGCCGAACGGAAAAAUAAAAUGGGACAAACGGCACUUCUGUGUCUACUGUAAGAAAUCGAACAGCAAAAUAACGAGACAUUUGGAGCGGAAGCACGCGGCUGAAGCUGACGUUGCCCGCGCUCUGAGCUUUCCCAAAGGGUCCCAGCGCAGGUUACAGCUCCUGCAGCAGCUGCGCCACAAGGGUGAUUUUCGGCACAACGUCGCCGUGCUUAAAAAAGGAGACGGCGAGCUUGUGACCUGCAAAAAGCCCGGUUUCAGCGCAGCGGCCAGCGAUUAUCAGCCCUGCCAGUACUGUUUGGGGUUUUUUUUGAAAAAGGACUUGUGGAGGCAUCAAGGCAUCUGUAAAUUCAAGCCAGAAACUGAGGUCAAGACCAGGAAGCGAGUGCAGGCGAUUUCCUCCAAACUUCUUCCUUUGCCGAAAGAGAGUGUUGGCAGCUGCAGGGUAGUCCUGUGUAAGAUGCACCCGGACGACGUGUCGAUGCAGGUCAAAAAGGAUCCCCUCAUAUGCAAAUUUGGCGACAUGCUAUUUGCCAAGCACGGGCACAACGAAACCCAGCACCAGUACAUUGCCAUGAAGAUGCGAGAAUUGGCCAGAUUUGUCCUCGCACUCCAGAAGAUGGAUGGCAACAUCGAGUACCUGCGAGACGUGAUUAUGCCGUCGAGAUUUGAUUUGGCUGUCGAAGGUGCGAGGAGAGUUGCGGGGCACGAUGCCGUCGCAGACACAUACAAAGCCUCGUCCGUGUUCCUGAAGAUCGGCUACUCCUUGAGGAAAGCGGUCGACAUUGCCGUUGGGGAGUCCAUCAUCAAUGAUGACGUCACAGCGGAAGGUAGAGGCAAAAAAUUCAUCCAGCUGCUGGAGUCCAAGUGGAACGCGUGCAUUUCGAGUCGCACCCUCGGCUCCGUACCUCGAGGCAAAUUGAGCAGGUGUGAUGUAGUCCCUUUGACGGAAGACGUGAUGAAGCUUCAGACGUUCCUCUGGGAAUCUGAAGAAAACGCAAAAAGGGAGUUGGAGGGAAACCCCGGCCCAACUGCAUGGAGGAAGCUGAGCGAGGUCCUUCUUUUGGAAAUCGCCGUUUUUAACGGAAUACGGGAGGGCGAAGUCGCGAAAAUGCUCCUGGAGACGUACGUAAAACGGUCGAAAGCGGCCGCUGGUGCUGAGGUUGACGAGAGCCUAACGCCGCUUGAGCAGCACCUGGCUGAGAUGUGUACCGCGAUCGAGUUCCGGGGCAAAUUUGGAAAAAAAAUCUCCGUGCUCCUGACUCCAAGCAUGGCUGCAUCGAUUGAAGUUCUCAACAGUGCGCGGGGCACUGUUGGGGUGCCGCAAGACGAUCCCCACGUCUUCGCGAGACUCGAAGUGGAUCCUCCCGUCCGAGGGAGCCCCCGCCUCAGGAAGUACGCGGCUGACAGCGGAACCGAGUACCCCGAGCACCUGACCUCAGCCAAGCUGCGAAAACGCGUGGCCACGCUGUGCCAAGCGAUGCAUCUGAGGGAAGACGAGCUGGACCGAGUGGCGGAGUCUUCGGGCUACGAGCUCGGAGUCCGUCCGGAGUCCGGCAGCGUCUCAGAAAAUACGCCGCAGCUGACAAAAGUCAGAGAACUGCUCGUUGCCAUGGAGAAAGGAAUGUCAGCACAUCAUGGGAUGCCAUUGGAGGAGCUGCACUGUCCUGGCACGGAUCUACAGCCAAACAAUGAUAACCACAUCGCUAAGAUGGAGCCAGGUGGAAGUGAAUCCACUGAGCCCACAAGUGAAUCCAGUCCAUGUUCCACUGCUCCCACUGAGCCCACAAGUGAAUCCGGUCCAUGUUCCACUGCUCCCACUGAGCCCACAAGUGAAUCCGGUCCAUGUUCCACUGCUCCCACUGAGCCCACAAGUGAAUCCGGUCCAUGUUCCACUGCUCCCACUGAGCCCACAAGUGAAUCCGGUCCAUGUUCCACUGCUCCCACUGAGCCCACAAGUGAAUCCAGUCCAUGUUCCACUGCUCCCACUGAGCCCACAAGUGAAUCCGGUCCAUGUUCCACUGCUCCCACUGAGCCCACAAGUGAAUCCGGUCCAUGUUCCACUGCUCCCACUGAGCCCACAAGUGAAUCCGGUCCAUGUUCCACUGCUCCCAUUGAGCCCACAAGUGAAUCCGGUCCAUGUUCUUCUGCAACCACUGAGCUUGCAAAUGCUCCCAGUCCAUGUUCCUCAGAACCCACUGCACCCGAAAGUGAUGAUGGACUAAGUAAGCCUGACUCAAGCACGCCCAGGACUAGACAAAAGGCAGAGACAGGUGCAGACUCUGAAAAUGCCGCUGCACAGAAACGACAGAAGAAGAAGAGCUCGUGGACGGUCGCCGAGCAGACUGCGGUGAAAACUGAACUGCAGGAGUUCAUCGCUCAGAUGAGGGUCCCUGGAAAAAAGGACUGCGAGGCCUGUUUAGAAGCGAAGCCGGACAUCCUGCACAACAGGUCCUGGAAAGACAUAAAGUACUACGUCUACAACACUAUUAUGUCCAACAGGAGGCGGGGUCAUACCUGUGUGGUAGAUGCCAGUGAAAGACAGGAGAGAGGGGAAGACGAAUGUGUGGCAAAAAAGAAAAAGGUGGGGUACAUGGAUAGAUAGGUUGGAGGAGAUGAGGAUGGCAAGAAUGAGGGAGAUGGGUGAUGUAGAAAAAGAGGAAUGUAGAGAGAUGGGGAAGGAAAGGAGGGGUAUGGCUGAAAAUGGGUUUGGAAGGUAACAGUGGAAGAGUUGAGUGGGUAGAGUGCAGGGUGGGCAGGAGGAGGAGGAGAAGCACUGUUAUACUGUCCUGCUUUACCUUCAGCCUUUAACAUGCAAGUUCACAAGUAUGCGAUUGGAAUGUUCUCAACUGGACAUUCUAAUGCUGAUGCAGCAAUCACUAAUAGUAACUGAAAGCAAUAGAGUUCUAGACCACUGACUUUGAAUUUCCAAAGAACGUACUCUCGAAAAGGGAUAGUGUUUUAUGCACCGCAUCAGAGGGUGGAAGAGUGGCCCUAAAAGUGUGUGUGUGUGUGGGGAGGGGGGUGUUGGUGGGAACCGGGAAACCUGUGAAGUAAAACAUACAUUCCAGUGAACUCAAGAGAUACAGAAAUGCAGAAAAGGGUUAUAAGAUGUCCUAUUGAUAUUUUUUUGAACGAUUUACCUCGUUACAUAAAAUCCAAAGCCAGUCCUACACCAGCUUUUGAGUGCAUCUGUUUCCACCAAAUGCCUGGCAAUCUAUUGUACUACACCAGAAUGGUUAAUAGAAGACACUACAUGGAAAUACAUUAUUGUUGUAAAAUUGACUUGUUACAUGGACACAACGUGCAGUAUAGCUUCCAGCGAAUGUCUGUGCCUUUUGCGUUUCCACCAGUGUCUCCUUCAGCUGUUUAAAGUUUGCAUCUAUGUUCCCCUAAGAUUGCAAUAUGUUAAUUUUUAUUUCUCAAAAAAGUACCCGUUAAAAGUAACACUUAAUUUUCUUCAGAGCUGAAAAUGGGGGAGGCUCAGCAAAAAAGCAGCUGUUUCUGUUCUGUAAAAUGGUAAAACAUACACAUGCAAAUACCGGGGAAUAAAAUCAGAUUUUCUUUA